AAGCAGUCAUAUGAUGAGUGGUUGACAGAGCUGUAGUGGAGGAAGUCUCAUAGAGCUGUUGUUUGCUUGGAGAAUUCUAGUCUGUUUAGUCAACACAGUGAGAUGUACGCUUGUGCUUUUCUGUUGUGUUUGCUGACGUUGUUUCAGCUCGGCUCGCGGGCUCAGUACGCCCCGGAUGAGGUGACUUUCCUUCCAGGGGCCACGUUCAAACCGAACUACCGUCAAUGGUCUGGAUACCUCCAGGCAGGGCCAGGGAAAUUUUUCCAUUACUGGUUUGUGACUUCUCAGAGGGACCCAGCCACAGACCCAUUGGUGCUCUGGUUGAAUGGAGGCCCAGGCUGCAGCUCUCUGGAUGGGUUCUUGUCUGAGAAUGGACCAUUUCAUGUAAACAAUGAUGGGUUCACUCUCUACGAGAACAAAUUUAGCUGGAACAAGAUUGCCAAUGUACUUUAUCUUGAGUCUCCUGCAGGAGUGGGAUAUUCCUACUCUGAUAGCCAGUCUUAUAAAACUAAUGAUGACCAGGUGGCUGAUGAUAAUUACAACGCUCUACAUAGUUUCUUUGCCAAGUUCCCAAACUUCACUCAGAAUGAGUUCUUCAUCUUCGGAGAGAGUUAUGGUGGGAUUUAUGCACCCACACUCAGCCUGCGUGUGGUCACAGGACCAGCCAAAAUCAACUUUAAGGGCUUUGCGGUGGGGAAUGGCCUCAGCAGCUUUGCUCUCAACGACCAGUCUUUGAUCUACUUUGGAUAUUACCACGGCCUCUUUGGAGAAGAUUUGUGGCGUGAUCUGAACAUAAAUUGCUGUAAGGAGGAAAACUGUAACUUUUACAACUCCAGUUCUGAGACUUGUCGAACGCUGGUAAAUGUGGCCUUUAACAUUGUUUAUGAAAGCGGACUUAAUGAAUACGCUCUAUACUUGGAUUGUGAAGGCCGCAGAACAUCCAGUAAAGGAUAUGAGAGGGCCAUGAGUCAUCUGUUUACAAACUACAGGAAAGACCUGCACUCCUACAAGUUUUCAGGUGGCGUGACUCCCUCCAUGUCUCUGGGUGAAGUCCCUCCCUGCAUCAACAGCACAGCUCAGACAAACUGGCUGAACAGAGGUGAUGUGAGGAAAGCUUUACACAUACCUGACACACUGCCAUCCUGGGACAUCUGCAGUGAUGAUGUUGGAGAGCACUAUGACGUUGUGUACUUAACAAUGAAGGAUGUAUAUCUAAAGCUGCUCUCUGUGGGCCUUCGGGCGCUCGUCUACAACGGAGACACUGACAUGGCCUGCAACUUCCUGGGAGAUCAGUGGUUUGUGGAGGACCUCGGCAUAAAGGCAACCAGCAAGUACCAGCAUUGGAUUCACAAUGAUCAAAUUGCUGGUUUCUAUCAGCAGUUUGGAAACAUCACUUUCCUGACAGUUAAGGGUGCAGGUCACAUGGUUCCUCAGUGGGCUCCAGGUCCAGCUUUCCAAAUGUUCCAGUCCUUCAUAACAAAUGACAUCUACUGAAAUGUGCUGGAGACUUUACUUUGUGUUCACUGGUUGGACUGCACAUUUUUCUCAGGGAAGAUCCAUUUAGACAGAUGAUGGUCUGCUCAGGCGUUUUUGUUUCCUUCAUAACCUUCUUGUAGUAUUUCCAACUCUGAUUUAACUUUUUGUGGGGCAUUGACAUAUUUGGUUAAUGCUCUACAGAUUUAAUUGGGUGAACAUUGUAGGAUAAAACUCUGUUUUCACACUCAUAAAACAUGACUGUCGAAACCUCAGCAAAGAAGCAGAGAUCACCUUAUUUAACUUAAUAUUUUUUUAAAGAGCAGUACAAGACUGCAUACCUCCACUAAGAUUGGUUUUAAAGAGGGGGGGGGGGGCAAAAACAAAAACUGCCACUUCAUGACUUGUCUUCUGAAAUUGUCAUUCAGAUCUAUCUCCAACUUUUUAAGUAAUCUGCAAACUGUACCAUUCAAAUAAUGGAGGUGAAAAAGUACAUGAGCCUCAAAAUGAGACUAAAAGGGAAUUGAGCCUAAAUAUGAACAAACCUAGUGGAAACAGGAGAAGGGACUAUCUGACUGCUCAGAUUUACUGCAUAAAUGUAAUAAAGAUGGUAUUUGAUACCAAGUUAUAAAUAUUUGUCUUUUGUGACACAGUUUUAUGUUUCUGUAGACUGACACUAACAUGUUACUAGUAAAACGUUUAGCUUAGUCCACUGUCAGUCCUGCAUUGUUCACCCAUACUCUCAACUCACCCGAAACAAAUUCAAAACCAGAGUAGAAAUACUGCCUACGUGUCGAUAAACUAAACUGGGCUUUAAAUAGUCUUUGCAAUUCCUAAUUUCCACGGUACUGAUCCAAAGCUGAAUGUUCUGCUUUUUAUUGCCUUAUCAAAGCUGGUUUCUGUAAAUGUUUAUGUGAUGAUGCUGAGCCAUCUGGAUCAAAACAUCAAUUCCACUUAAUUUUGUUUUUCUUAUUAAAUAUUUUGUUGAA